UUUGGAUUGCAGUUCGUGCUGUUUUGAAAAUAUAAUGUUCCUGAGGUCACAAAGUGACGUGCUGGCUUUUAUUUUCCAUAAAGUGGCUUAUCGCUCGGUAUUUGCUGCAACCGCAAAACGGAAAACUACACUCGACGAGUAACAUCACAUCGAAUCGAACACUCGAAUUAUUUUAGACGCUCUCCGCUUGUCAUUGGAGGAACAUUCAUCAGCGCCAUGGGAACCCGCAAGAAGGGUCUGGACUUUGCCAAACAUAUUUCAGAGAUCAUUGCCAAGUCAACGGGAUUUGAAAGUCACCUAAAAAAGGUGACGAUCCUCGGUGGCGGUGAUGGCACUUGUCAAGCGGAGCUCAAAGUUGACGCUGAUCACGUGAAUCCCUACAAUGGACUGCAUGGCGGUUACAUUGUCACCCUGGUGGACAUGAUAACCACAUAUGCCCUGAUGUCCAAGCCCUGUCAUCCGGGCGUCUCGGUGGACAUCAAUGUGAACUACCUGAACGGGGCGCGAGUGGGCGACGAGGUGGUCAUUGAGGCGAACAUCUCCAAGAUUGGCAAGUACCUGGCCUUCAUCGAGUGCACGCUGCGCCACAAGAAGGACGACACCGUGAUAGCCAAGGGUACGCACAUGAAGUACGUCAAGAUUAAAGAUUAAUGUGGAUAUUACUGUGCUUUAUUUUAUUACAUGGUGUAGCAGCACAGUUACAGUUACAUUUGUUAGUUAAUUUCUUGUCAA